AUGUCCGUGAGGGUGUGUAUCGAACCUGCGACAAAGCAACGUAUUGCCGAAUGGGACAUGGGAAAGGAUCCCGAUGACGUGUCCGAGGGCGAAUGGAUUGCGUGGUUCACGCAAGGUUUCGUCGUCGAUCCCCGGGCCCUGGACACCCUGAAGAUGCGGAUCAAAUCUGCUGUUGUUUUUGAUAUGUCGGUCCCGGACGCGGAUUCCCGGAUCGGACGUAUGCUGGAUGGUUUGGCUGCGGCUAUCCGUCGGGACCGCCAGGAGUGGGUGAUCCGGGAAGAGAGCCAGGCGAUCGUGAAGAUCAUCACGGACGCCAUCAAGACUGCGUCGUUACGCCGUUCUGUUACCGAGCAGAUGGCGUUAAUGCGAAACAAGCCUCUGAAGAAGGAUGUGUACCGUUUCGUGGGCUGGUUGCGGGAAUAUGCUAUCGGUCACGAGCGUUUUGUGGGUUACGAAGAAGAGUUGAAGCCGCCCACGAGAAUAGACCUACCGAAGCCGCCGGGGUCGAAGGUCCUGGGAGGACCCAGGGACCCGAGGGGAGACACGAAGCCCCUGACACCUAUUCCGAACGCACCGGCUAUCGGUGCACCGAACAACGGUUGUCUGAAGUGUAAAUCGACCAGCCAUCGGGUCCGAGAAUGUCCCGGGAUCACCCCCGAAGAGGUCAAGCAACUGCUAAGAGCACAUGGAAGUACGUUCGGACGUGGUCGGGGCGAGAAAGGAGCCCCGGGAGUACCUGGUGGCCGCGUGGCGACGGUGAAGACGAAUGUCCCGGACGCGAAACGGCCUGAGCUCCCGGCUAUUGUGGACGGUGUUCUCCCCGUGCAGGCAUCACUCUUGGACUCAGGAGCUGAUUUGUCGGUGGCCUCCGGAGGCCUGGUUUCUGCGCUGUUGGCUGCGGGAGCAUCUCCGGAGAUUACAGUCAUGGGUCCGAUGGAACUCCGACCGUACGGGGCGGAUAGCCAGGUGAUUACUGUGACGAAACAAGUUCGCCUGGGCAGCCUGGAAUUCAAGACCACGUGCGGGCCGUUGAUGUUGCGAGGGCUGCGGCACCUGUUGAGCCUUGCGCUGGGCCUGCCCGUGAUGCAGAAAUUGGGCUACAAUGAGCAGACGUUGCUGGAAAAUGCACGUCGGCAACAAGCCGUAUGGGAUUUUGGGGAUCAGCCGAUCACGACUCCGGGAGUCGCGAUGCACCGUACCCUGCGGAUGGGAGAGUUGUCAGAGGGUAUCGACGACGACGAAGGGAUGGCGUAUUCAACGCCAGAACUUGGAGAUGCACCUGACGACGACGGUCUAGUGCGUACUGUCCUGAAUGCCAAGGUGGCCGAGGCGGCUACCGCGGGCAUGCCAGCAGAAGCUGUCGAGCAGCUCCGGGACCUGUUGAUGGAGUUUCGGGACGUGUUCCGGCUGAAGUUCGGGAGAAACCCGCCGGUGAAAGUGGAACCGUUGAAGGUGCGCCUCAAGGAAGGGUCUGUGCCGGUGAAGUCGGGACUGCGCCGCUACCCUCCCACUCAUAUGGCGUUCCUGGAAAAGCAUGUCCGGGAGCUGGAAGAAGCGGGUCUGGUGUACCGAAGUACUAGAUCGUGCUGGGCCUCGGCCCCGAGGAUUGUCCCGAAGAAAGAUCCGGGAGACCUCAGUAUGACGAUUAACUCGAGACCGAUCAAUGCGUGUACCGAGCCGAUGCCCUGGCCCAUGCCGAAUCUGGAGGUGGCCAUGGGGUAUUGGCAGCUGUCUCUACACCCGGACUCCCAGGAGUACUACUCCUUCAUGACUCCCGUAGGGGUUGUGACCCCGACCCGAGUCCUGAUGGGCCAGACCGAUGCGGUGGUCUAUUGCCAAGGGGUGGUCGAUGAGUCGUUCGGGGACCUCCUGAUGCACGGACUGCUCGGAUGGUUGGAUGAUUUGUUGGGGUAUGCCCCGACUACGGACGAGUUGUUGCACUUGUUGCGUAAAGUGCUUGAGAUCUGCCAUGCGUAUGGACUGAAGUUGCACCCUGGGAAGUGUGUAUUUUACACCACCCGGACCGUUCCGGUCGAGGAUCUGGCCCUACCGGCAAGCGAUCAGCGACAUGAACCACUGGCGUUCCUGAGCGGAUCGUUCCGGGGAGCGAGCGGGCGAUGGCCGAUUGUGGAGAAGGAGGCGUUUGCGGUUGUCGAAUCGUGCAAGCGCCUGGAGUAUCUCCUGAUCCGUCCGGGAGGGUUCCGAUUGUUUACGGACCACCGGAAUCUGGCCCACAAGCUCCAGCGCUGGGCGUUGACGAUGACGGCGUUCCCGUACGUCGUGGAGUGUGUGGCGGGAGAGGAGAACUUGUGGGCGGAUCUCCUGAGCCGUUGGGGAAGUCCUCCUGGACCGGACCGGAGCUUUCCGGUGGAGUCCCGGACGCGGCCCCAUCCGACAUGUGAAAAAUACGCCCCCUGGAGCGCCGAGAAGAAGAGUUUUCUGACGGCAGCUGGGAAGAUCUGGAUCCCGGGAGAUGCAUUGGAUAUGCAAGUGCGUAUAUGUGUGGUGGCUCAUGCCGGCGUUGCGGGACACCGGAGAGUGGAAGCGACAACGGCAUCUGUUGCGGAGAUGUUUGAUUGGCCUACCCUGAAGACCGACGUGAAAAACUUCGUCAAUGCCUGCCUGCAUUGUAUGGUGGUCGAUGGUGAGUCGGCUCCGGGAAGCCUGAAAUACGUCCUGGUCAUCAAGGAUGAUAUAAGUGGGUUCGUUCGGUUACAUGCCAGUACGACAGCGUCUGCAGCAGAGACGGCCGCGGCGUUGAUGGAAUGGUUUGGACUGUUCGGCGUGGUCAGGACCUGGGUAUCCGACUCUGGGUCCCAUUUCAAGAACGAACUGGUCAGUACCCUGGGUCGUAUGUUUGGUGUUCAUCAUCAUUUUGUCACACCACACUGCCCCUGGGCCAACAGGACAGUUGAGGUGGUGAACCGGAUCGUCAUCCGGACCCUGAAGACCCUGUGCAGCGAGAUGCGCUUGCAACCCGGAGACUGGCCGGGGGUGUUACCCCUGGUACAGUCUGCCCUGAAUCAGCAGCCGGUCGACCGUUUGGAUGGCGUAGAGCCAACAACAGCGUUUACGGGCCUGCCUGCUACACCUCCCUUGACUGGACUGGUCCACCCGGACGAGCCCCGGGAGGUAACGAUCGACUGGAUUAAGUCCCGGGCCAUACGCCACGUGACAGAGCUCGCAGAUGCUCUGGGAAUUAUGCACAAGCACGUGGCAGAGACGGUGGCAGCAAAGCGCGCUAUAAGGCCCGCUGGCGAAAUUUAUGCUGGGCGAUUUUGUUUUGGUGGCCCGGGCCCUCCAGCAUCCGGGAAAGAUAUCGUUGCGUUGGAAGGGACCCUUUCGGGUCGUGAAGGUGGUCUCCGACUACCUGAUGGAAGUCCAGCAGCUGGUGCCUCCGGGAGCGACGUCCCUGCACCAUGCGUGCCGGCUCCGCCUGUACUGCGAGGGUGGUUGAAGACCCAAAUCGCGUUCGGCGAUGAAGGUUUUUACGUGGAAGACCUCCGGGACCUGCGUCUGCGAGAUGAGGUCUGGGAAGUCCUGAUCAAGUGGCUUGGCCUGGACGAUCUGGAGUCGUCCUGGGAACCGGCCCUAUCGAUCUACGAAGACGUUCCUGUGCUAUUCCGUCGCUGGGCCAAGGCCCGGAGCAACGAAGACGGCGUGUACGAAAUGAUCGACGAUCUCACGAGUGCAUGUGGUCACCCGAUGUAUGGGGGGAAGUGUUAUCGGCCGAGCCUCUGUUCGACUCCCCGUGCCUGA